GUAAAGAUCUAACCUAGGGUAUGACGAGUCUUAGACAAGCACGUCAAUUCGGAGUUCGGAAUCCUUCCUGUUUAGGCCAGUUCCCCUUCGGAGUUGGAACACGCUAACAAGGGAGUAAACAAGUUUCAGUUGCUGAGCAUUCCUCUAGAUCGUCAUCUUAAAUAAUCUUACAUCUCUGAUCAAGAAGACGCGGUUUUGGUCAAUCGAAGGUGUCAUGAUACUGAAGACCUUCCGACUUGAAUAAUAACAUGAUGGGUGGCGACGAGCCCCAUCGCAGGGACUCGGAUGAGAUCACUAUCACAGAGACGGCCCCUUUGUUGACAAACGAGCGACCAAGCUGGCCGUCGCAUCGCCAGAGAUUAUCGAUUACAUCGAUUACAAGUGUCCAUGUGCCCAAGAUCCAUAACGGGCGCACGAUUGUUAACCUGCUCUGCAUCAUCAUCCUAAUAUCCUCCUCCUCGACUGGGCUCAUCGGAAUACCAGAGACCCGUCUGUUAGAGGACGCAGCAUGUCGGCAGUACUACGGUCUCGAUGGGAGCAUAUCUGGCCCCAUCGACGAGAAAGACUGCAAGGGAGACGCAAUCCAGAAUAAGGUAGCUUUCACCUUGGCCAUCCAGAGCAGCGCCGAUGCUGCCGCCGGAUUCCUCGCCGCGUUCCCCUGGGGUCUCGCAGCAGACAGAAUCGGACGAAAGCCCGUAGUCGCCCUCGCUCUAGCCGGAUCGCUUCUCGGGAUUGUUUGGGCCAUGACGGUGGUGUAUUUCCACAACGUAUUUCCGGUCGAGCUCAUCUGGCUCGGAUCCCUGGGUAAUUUCCUCGGUGGAGGCAGUGCGGUUAUUGCUGGGAUCGUGUUGAGCAUGAUUGCCGACUCGACGACAGAAGAAGAACGAGCUAUUGCGUUCAUGCGUGUCCACGUCGCCAGCCUAUGCGGGAAUCUUGGAGCUCCAGCACUUUCUUCCGUCUUAAUGGCCAGGGCGGGACCAUGGCCGCCCAUAUGGAUUGCCUUUGCCGUCAUCGCACUGAGCGGAAUAGCUUUUCUCUUCGUCCCAGAGACGUUGAAGCAUCAGCCGGGCCAAGAACAUGGCCACGAACCAGAAAUAGUAGAAGACGAAGAAGAAGAAACCACAGACCUCACGUCACGGGUAUCGCAUGUCGUCACCCAGUUCAAGGAGUCGCUCUCAAUGUUCAAGUCCACAUCCCUCGUCCUUCUUCUUAUAACAUGCCUCGGAUCUCCGCCUGUUCUAUACGCGACUCUCCAGUUUAUGGCGCAGUUUCUGUCAAAGAGGUAUGGCAUCGAGCUUUACAAGACGGGUUACAUCCAGUCUACGUAUGGAGCCGCCCAGGUUGUUCAAGCCCUCAUAAUUCUACCAUGGGUUACCCGGUAUGUCAUGAAAAGCACGACACCUAAAAGAAUCCGAGCGCCCGACGAGCAUCAUCGCGACCUGUCCCUGGCGCGCUGGUCAUAUACGCUCCUAGCUGUGGGAAUAUUCAUCGUCGGCCUGGCACCGACACUCCCAGGCUUUGUUUUCGGGCUCAUGCUCAUGGCGCUUGGCUCCGGCUUCAAUAGCCUAACUCGAAGCCUGAUGAGUCUGUACGUCGAUCCAGAGCAUCGCUCCCGACUUUUCAGUCUUGUCGCCAUGGCCGAAGUUGUCGGAAGCGUGUAUGCCCAGCCGUUUCUUGCUGCGCUCUUCGCUCUUGGGAUGAAAUUAGGCGGCGGAUGGAUUGGGCUGCCGUAUUUUGGGUUAUCAAUUCUUAUUUCUGCUGUUGCUACACUACUGCUUUUCGUUAAGGUACCGAAGGAGGCUAGAAAUUCAGCGCCAACGCACGAAAACGGAUGUGAUGAAGAGUAGAUAUGUUGGGGAUAAAAGGGAUAGAUUAGAGCAUGUGAAGGCAACUACAGUGAUGAUUACAUCGUACAGGAUAUAGAUCAAUUUGGUUACGGGCAUUUUAUAGAUAAAUAUACUGCACAGUAAUUUGGCAAUAAAUUUAAUCUCAUGUUUUGUAACCUGCGAAUAG